GGACGCCAGAAAUUGUGUCGACACAUCGCCGAGUAUGAACUGUGCGGGAAGCGAGCCUCUAAUUUAAAAUAUCUAAGUGAAGGUUUGCUGGCCGGAACGAUGGGAAAGGAGCUGAGAGAAAUACGUGCUCAAUGGAAAUUCUUCGAGAAAAGCCUUUAUCGAGAGUUUGAAGAAGGAGACGAUUUGCUGGAAGAGUUUCUGCCGUACAAUGAACAUGCCGAAGAUAUUAGCGAUGAGCUGAUGGCUGAGCAGCUGCAGAUUGUGAACUGGUUUGAUGAAAUUGUCAAACACGACCUUAGCCACCAUGAACGACGACAACUGCUCCGUUUUGUUACUUCCGGGUACCGCAUUCCGGCCACUCCGAAAAUCGCAAUUGUUUUUUCCGUUGGACGAGAAGAAGAACGUCGCCCUCAGGCAUCUACAUGCAGCCAUAAGCUUAUGCUACCCAUCGGAUGCGAGUCCAAGGACAAACUGCGGCUGCACCUUCGCGAGUGCAUUUUAUCUGUAGACAGCGAGAUGGCGGGAUUUUUCCAGAUGAAAUGAAUAACGUGUAAGGGAAAUUUACUUUAUUAAUGACUAUUUGAAUUUUUAACACCCUAAUUCAACCAUAAAUCACAUAAUUAAAUUAAAUUAUUGCUAAAUCGCUGUAUUUUUUGAGGGAUUGUUAAGCGGUAGCUGGGCAGUCGUGUGGAGUGAGAAAUUACGGAUUUGUUUUCGUUCCUGUUUUGGGUGGAAUAAUCAACUGAAUUUGUAUCCGACUUGAAUGGAUUACGGAAUAUUGGACUUCAUUUAGUUUUGCAACAUGCUGUUAAUGGCUUUGAUAACCGUUAAGUGGAAAUCUGUUUGGUUUUAUAGGAAAUUCUCCAGCACAUUUUGCUGGCCGCAUAGCAUAUGAAUAGCCGCAUGGCAUUUGAGUACUAGUUCCUUCGGCAACGGGAAUUUUCUUUAUGUUCCAGCGUAAUUAAUUUCAAUAAUUUGUUAUCCUUGUUUUAUGUUAUGAUUGAGAAACUGAACUGAUUUUAAUUA